AUGCCUUUGGAGGGUGGAACGCAUGCAACAGCAGGGGCAGAAAAUGGAUUCCACGAGAAGCCUGCCAUCAUUAAAGGAGUUUUGCAAAUUUCUGAAGCUCCAAAUGUGUACACUUCAAAGGGCAACUCAGAUGUCUGUGUAGCCUUUAGCAGAGCUGAUCUACUCCUGACCUUGAGUGUACGUCACAGUAUAGCCAAGGUCUGUACCAAUUGGGCCCCCAAAGUGGCUCCACGGUUGUUUUGCCCAUGCCUGCUCUAUUUUGUUAACUAUAAAUCAUGGAUGGUGGAGAAUUUUCAGAGGCUCCAGAAGGCCAAGGAUAUCCUGACCAAUGAGGAGAGUCGGGAUCGUUAUGACUACUGGAGGAGAAGCAGGAUCCCUAUCCCUUUCCACCAAUGGGAAGCUCUGAGUAACUCCGUCAAAACGUCUAUGCACUGGGCUGUCAGGAGUAAAAAAGAGAAGAUGCUGGAAGAAUCGGACUCAGCUGACACUGCCAAUGCCCCAGAGGAUGAAGGGAGCCAGCAAAAAACCUCCAGGAAAGAACUGGGCUCAGCCACAGAGAGAAAGGAUCAAGGAAAGCCUGACACCUUGGAUAAAACGUGGUCCCCACAAAGCCCCGACUCCUCAAACUUUCCAGAUGUGAAUUGCUGGCAUCUGCGUUUUCGCUGGUCAGGAGACACUCCCUCGGACCUCUUGCGGAAGUUCAGAAACUAUGAAAUAUAAAUCUCAUCUUCAAGAAGCAGGAAGAGGGCCGCCACCUCCUGGGCUUGCCCCAUCUGGUCCUUUGGUCCACAUCCUUAACAAGAAGUUGUUGUUCUUUGUGCUUAUGUAAAGGAGAGUGUUAGCUGUUACUGUUCAACAUGUGAAGCUGUCCCCAUGACGUAUAUGCUAAGGGAGACAAUUUGGGAAGAGGGUGACACCCACCUCCCUGUAGGAUUUGCUAAGUUAAGAGAAAAUUCAUGCAGGUAAGGGAGAGCAUGGCCUCGUGGCCAUCUUUGGAAUCAAGAACUGGGUUCAAGUCUUGCCUUUGACCCAUAUGGGCUUUGUCACCCUGAGCAAGUCUCAUCCCCCUCCUCAGAGUCCCACAUGGCUCUCUCGAGAGUGUAAGUUGUGGAGGACUUGUUAGUCCCUGUCGAUGGAGGAAGUCUCCAUGUGGGAAGGUCCCCACACCGACAAAAAUCACAGACCAGGACCAAAAAAAAAAUCUGAUGGCUUAUAUUGUUCUUUUGUGAAUUUUAUUUAUAGACAUGCUUUAUGGUUGUCAUUAUAUUCGUGGUGCUUAGCGUGUUGCCUUGUACACAACAGAGCUUAAUAAAUGUUUGUGGAAUUGUA